CUUUCCCACUCUUUUCUGUCCUUUCUUCUCGUCUUCCUUGAGAAUUCAAAAUAAAAAAUAAAAAAAAAUGGGCUGCAUUUCCUCCACCCUCCUGACCCAUGACGACCCUGACUUCUCCCAAAUCGGCGGCUCCUCCUCCGCCUUUGCCCACCACAUUGUCAAGCUCACCUCCACCACCUACGGUCUCUUGACUCUUGACCCCCCGCCACCACCUUCCUCCGACCUCGCCUCUCCCGCCGGCACCAUUGUUCCCCCGACCCCGCCUCCUGGCUUCACUCUCAGUCUCACCUCACUGUCCUCCGAUCUCAGGCCACCCCUCAAACCCGACGACGACAUCAUCAACUCUUGGGAGCUCAUGGCUGGCCUCGACUCCACUCCACCUCCUCACCACCCUAGCUUCCGAUUCUCCCCUACUCCUUCCAUUUCCUCCUCCACCACCAAAGAAAACUCGAACCCGAAUCUACCCUCCUGCUUCACUCAAUCCAACCAAAUCCCCACCUUACACGACCCCCGCGACGCCGUUUUAGCUCCCGCAAGGAGUUGCUCCUCCUCAUCCCUUUCCCUGGUUGAAUUUGAAAAGCUCUGCCCUCCUAAUGGGGAAUCUAAAGUGGUGAUAUACACCACCACGCUGAGGGGCAUCCGCAAGACCUUCGAAGCUUGCAAUGCCGUGAGGUCUGCUAUUCAGGGGUAUGGAGUUCUGAUUUGCGAAAGAGACGUUUCCAUGGAUAGAGGGUUUAGGGAUGAGCUCAGAGAACUAAUGCUGAUGAUCAAGCCUAGACCCUGUCACAAUGGUAACUCUAGUUUGAUGAUACCUCCCAGGGUAUUCAUAAAAGGGAGAUACAUUGGCGGGGUGGAGGAGGUCAUGAGAAUAGCUGAAGAUGGGGCUUUGGGGGGUUUGCUUGCGGGGUUGCCCAAAUUGAGACCCGGGCAUAAUAAUGUUUGCGAUGGCUGUGGGGGUGCCAGGUUCUUGCCUUGCUUUCAGUGUAACGGCAGUUGUAAGAUGGUGUCUCCAAUGGAGGAUGAGAUGGAUCAAACCCACAAUUCCCUGGAGCGGACUGUGGUGGUCAGGUGCUCUCAUUGUAAUGAGAAUGGCUUGGUUCUCUGUCCCAUUUGUACCUAGCUAGUCUCAUUGUACCUCAAAAUUACUGCUACUACAAUAACUAUGCUCCAGUUAACAUGACCAUGGAUUUCUUUUAUCCGGUUGCUUCUCCAUGUCGUUCAUUCUUUGAUAUGACAUCUGCUAGUGCCCUGUUUGAAUUUUCUGCGUUCCUUUGAGUACAACAAAACCACAGGAGCCGAAAUCCAUUUGGUAUACAGCUCCCAACUUCGUGCUCAUCACUUAAAAAGUUUGAAAUUUUUUGCAACCUAGGAUCAUCCAUGAGUUCAUGGCAUUAUGCUCGACCAAUGAGAGAGAUAUCUGUAAAUGCUAUCCACCUCUUGUCUUGAGCAUAUCUCGAGUACCAAUUCAUGAUCAUGAAUUCUGCAGUUAGAAGUUUGGCUUGCUCUCCUUCUGCAUUAUCUUCUUUGUGCCACUUAGAGUGAUUUCGGAUGAAAUGCGACUGCUCUUCAAAUCUUGGUAUCUAUUUGUUUGGAGAAAGUAUGCUAGCAAGUGAUAAGAUGUUAUCCAAGGCGCAGCAUUUCUCGUUCAAAAUCUCAGGUGAAGAUGACCUUUCGUUGGUUAAUUCUUUUAAAUAAAUUCUUUUACUAGUCUAUUUUCGAGUCAUCCGACUGAUUGUGCAUAUGACUCCAUAAACUUUGAUGGGCUGAGCAGGAAGCUUUCUUUCUAUGCUUUGGCAGGAGAGAACCAUUAUAGAUUUAUAAUCUUGCCAGUCUUCUGAUAGAACCAUAGAUUUAUAAUCUUGUCAUGUGAUCCGAGUCAAGGGUCGUGGUCUUGCCUGUCCAAGGCUACUCAAUAACCGCGUUCAUCCGCUUGAAUCGGACUUUGACAAGGCAAACUUUGCGCACAAAUAGCACACAGCUGGAAAUGAUGCCGCUGCUGCCUCCAGCGGUAGUUUACAAGUCCAAUGUUGGUGCUUGUGUUCAGAAACAUAUUCAAUUACUGUAUUUUGUUCCACAAACAUGGCUUUUAUUUAAAUAAUGAAGAAACAACACA